AUAAUUUCUACAUCACAAAAGGCAUACGAAUGGAUUCUCUUGCGUUAUGUAACCCAGCGAUUAUGCGACGUAUUUUGGCCAACAAAAUACCAGAAAAGCUUCAGUCAGACCCGGAACUUGAUGCUUUAUUGAACGAUUUGUUUAAAGAAGUCGAAGACGAUUACAUUUUCAGCAUACGGAAAGCGAUAGUCGACUACAUUCUAAUGAAUCCAUCGGAGAAAGUUCGUCUCAGCAUCAGCGCUAUUCCUAGACCAUUUCCUCGAAGAACUAUACGUGCACCGGUGCCUUGGCAUAACUCGUACCAAAGAGGGAAAGAUAUGGUGAUAAAAAAUGUUUUUACAACCAAUCCGGUCAUGAUGGAAAUACAAAAUGUUUGGACAAACAGAUUUUCUCAGGUACGUUUUGUUGACGGUGACGAACUACUUGCGUCUGGGCUACCUGUUGUACCUGAGGAAUUCCAAGAACGUGUUAGAAAACAGUGUCUACGAACAAGAGAAUUCCUCAAGAAAACGUAA